AUGCUAGGCCUUGGACGCCCGCCUCCCGAGCUCGACUUCCUCUCGCCGCCGGACGUCUUUGACGUCGAGCGCGCGCUCGACAUCACGCGGUCGGUGACGGUCCCCUUUGCCGACGGCUACGGCUUCAUCUGCCCGGCCGACGGAGGGCAGGACCUCUUCUGCCACCGCUCGGCGAUCGAGGACGGCGAUGCGCUGGGCGAGGGGUUCGCGGUGGGCUUCGAGCGCGUCUUCGACUCGGAGCGACGGCCGCGCGCCGAGCGCGUACGGGGCGGCAUCGGCGAGCGGCGCGGCUCGCUGCAGCCGCGCGCUGCUCUCUCCUCGGACGAGACGGUCGCUCUCGGCGGCGCCGGCGCAAUCAAGCGCAAGCACAGUCAAGCACAGUGGGCGGAGAGCUUUGACGUGCCCGGGCCUCUCGGCAAAUCGGGGCUCAAGCGGUGCGGCGGCGGGGGCACACCGACACCGACACAGGCAGCGAGGGUGCUCGACUGA